UUCUAAUGAAUGUUGUAUCAGCUUUACUGGAUCUAAACAUUUCAAUUAAUUGUCGAUUAUCAGGUUUGGUAUUUACUAGAAUUGCAUACAAUUAUAGUAAAGUAUUGCCUAGUGAAUAAGAAAAGAUAAAAAAAAUUUACAUUGUUUAAGCUUUAGAGCUAGGUAACUAAUUUAAUCAAAGUUUAUUGGAAGGUUAAAAUAAAUUAUAGUUAUUUGAAUAAAAUACUGUAAUAAAUUAUAUUGAUGAAUUGAGGCAAUAUAUAGAUUAAGAAGUGCAAGAUUAAUAAUUGAAAUUUAUAUUAGCCUGUCAUCUGAACAAUGUUACAGAUGCAUUAAAAAUUGAAGAUUUCUUUAAAAAAUAUAUCAUCUAAGAAGAAGCAAGAUUUUAAAAGUAACCCUACUUUGAAGUUAUUCACAGUUUAUCACUAAAUUAAUUGCUUAUUUAUAUUGAUGCUAAGAUUCGAACAAUCUUAUAUAAUCAAUAAUGA